UUGAACCACAGGUUUUCCUUCCCUCUAUAUAUGAAGAUGUAGCACCCUCUAUUCAGUCCCAAUCUUUUACAACCUACGCAGAAUUUUACAGCUUCCUCUCCACAAUCAGAAUCUGCAGUUUGUCAGAAAUGAAGCCUGAACGCGUGUAUCUGGAUCAGCUAACCGAAAAAAGCAAGGGCUACAAGGUUAAGGUCAAGGUCGUAGAGAAAGGACCGGAAAGGAACUCUCCUUCAAAGGGAAUCCUAUUCCAAGGACUUGUGAUGGAAGAUGACAAGGGAAAUCGAAUGCGUGCUGCACUUUUUGGAAAUCAAAUUGAUGUCUACAAGGAAGCUAUUGAACACUUAGGGAGUUAUGAGAUAGCUAAUGCUACGAUUAAAGCCAGCGAUGAAUAUUGGAAAGCCAAAGACGCGAAAUACGGUCUGCUUGGAUACCAGAUGAGCUUUGGCUCACAGGCGGUAAUCCAACGAAUGAAUGCUGAGUCAGGGCCAGUAUUACCGGAAUACCAAUGCCUAGCCACCAUCCCAAGAGUGUAUGAUCCAACUGACAGAUUUGAUAUUGUUGCUGUUGUUCUAUACCUCGAAGAAGAAGCACGGAAAGUCACUGGAUUUGAACAACGCGAAUACUUAGUUCGUGAAAUUGUGGUGACAGACCAUAGCAAUGAGCAGCCAAUCACAAUUACUGUUUGGAACGAGCUGACUGGAGAACAUUGCAAACCGCUCUCCUCAUGGGCAGAACAGUUCACUGUUUUUGGAUUCACGGCUUUGAGAGGCAGCUUUCAUAAAGGAUUUUCCCUUGGUUCCACCAUGUCUACUAGAAUCAUUACUGAUCCAAAAGGAGAAAGAGCAGACGCAUUGAGGGAAUGGGUCAAAAAUCGCACCGACUGGCUGAGUGACAGGCAAGCAAGGGUAUUGGAUGUCAGGAACCCUACGAAAGAGAAGGUGAUCAUCACACUGGACUCCCUGAAGCUAAAAAGGCCUUACAACACCUUGCAAGAGCAACGCCAUUGGCUCAGGGUUACAAUACCCAACCCUCAAAUGAGCACGAUCAAUGCAUACCUGGGGUGCUCUGCUUGUGGACGGCGUGGAGACAUUCCAGCAGGGACAUCCUACACUUGCACCAGAUGUAAGGCAGAUACCGUGUCUACUCCAAAGAUUACCUACAAUUUCGUGGCAUCUGAUGGGACUGGCACAAUGGAAUGCACCUCGUUCACUGAAGAUUCUGAAAAGUUGUUCAGGAUGACGGCUGCAGACACGUUCAGGAUGAAGAACAGCAAUGAUGCAGCGACCUUUGAACAGCUCCAGGAAAUGCUCAAGUCCAACCACUUUCUGCUGGAAGUCGGUCCAACAAUGGGUCUUUCAAAGAACGGCGUGCUUGAAUGGUGCUUGAAAUCGAUUGAUUUGGAAUCUGGGGAGGCCCAAGCAGAAAAUGUUGAGCAUCACUUUGCUGAUCAGCAGGCUGAACAGGGUCCGAGUGCCAGCCAGGUGCUUGCACAAGCAACGAUUGCUAGGCAGCAGCUUGAACAACCAACGCUUCGUAGGAAGAACCCUGAGCAAGCAAUGGUUACUGGGAAGCAGCCAGAGCAAGGAGCCAUUCCUCAAAAGAAACUGAAGCAGGCCCAAGCAGAAAAUGUUGAGCAUCGCUUUGCUGAUCAGCAGGCUGAACAGGGUCCGAGUGCCAGCCAGGUGCUUGCACAAGCAACGAUUGCUAGGCAGCAGCUUGAACAACCAACGCUUCGUAGGAAGAACCCUGAGCAAGCAAUGGUUACUGGGAAGCAGCCAGAGCAAGGAGCCAUUCCUCAAAAGAAACUGAAGCAGGCCCAAGCAGAAAAUGUUGAGCAUCACUUUGCUGAUCAGCAGGCUGAACAGGGUCCGAGUGCCAGCCAGGUGCUUGCACAAGCAACAAUUGCUAGGCAGCAGCUUGAACAACCAACACUUCGUAGGAAGAACCCUGAGCAAGCAAUGGUUACUGGGAAGCAGCCAGAGCAAGGAGCCAUUCCUCAAAAGAAACUGAAGCAGGAAUUCAUAGCUGAGCUCCAUGCUGCACAGGGGAGUAUUGCAAGACAAUCAGACGAAGAGGAGGAUGACUCCUCUGGUAAGUAAUUCAAGUGCAUCAUUAGUUGUCCCUUUUGCUUAGGAUGAAGAAGCCAGAUCCUCUGGUAUGUAAUUCAAGUCAAUCAGUCAUCCACCCUUUUGCUUAGCUAAGAUUAAUGUCUUGUAAAAUAAUUAGUAUUGUAGUUGAUCUACCUUGGAAACUUGUAAGAUAUAGGUAGUCUCUACUUAGCCUGGAAUCAACGAGUCCUACACUUCAUGCCAACAGAAAUAGCUUCUGUUGCGAUCGUAUAGAAGGUGGGAAUGAAGCCUCACUAUCUAGAACCCCUUACAUAUUUUGUAAUAUAAACAUAAGAACUCUUGUUCUAUUCUAACUCGGGCACUAUGCCGAGUACCUUAUAUUCUAAUUUGCACGAGUGCUUUGUAUC